GUGAGAGAUAAACAUACACUGUCAAGUGUCACAUUUUCGAUCUUUUUUCUUUCUUUCUUUCUUUCUUUCUCUAGAAUGGCAAAUCAAGAUUAUGGCACUCUCACCUUAAAGAAACAUCCCAACACACUAAAACGAAGACUGUCUACAUUUGCAACAUUUGGUUUAGCAUUUUCGAAUAUAGGCAUCUUAUCGAAUACUUCGGCGACAUUUCAGACAGUUUUGCAAAGAGGUGGUCCAGUCAUUAUGUUAUUGAGCUGGAAUACAGUAGCAAUGUUCAUGCUGUGUGUAGCAUUGUCACUUGCUGAGAUCUGUUCACUUUAUCCACAAAGUGGAGGCUUGUAUUAUUGGGUAUUUGAGUUGUUAGAUCAACAUCCUCGCCUAAAGAAACAGGCACCCAUUGCUGCCUUUGUCACAGGAUGGACUUAUUCGUUAGCCAAUAUUAUCUCAAUUGGUGCUACCAAUGUGACACGCUCUCAAUUGGCUCCGUAUUGAACUUGACACUCCAUAUAGACCUUGACAAGACCUGUUUAAUGCUUAUUACACUAGGGAUCACAUCUAUACACGCUUAUUUAAAUGUACGCCAUAUGGGGCUAUUGAGCAGUCUAAAUCAAUGGAGUGUGUUCUGGUCAUGUAUUGGCCUGUUGAUCAUCAUCACUGUCUUGAGUUGUAUAGCACCUCACCAAAAC